AGACGUGCCGGGGAGCCACCUCUCGCACCUGGCCACUUCCUCUGGGGCAACGGGAAACAGUUUACGGAGCACGCCGUCAAAUUCCUUCACAAGGCCCACAAGAAAUGUGGGGACGUGUUCACCAUCAGGUUCCUCAACCAGUACUGGACAAUGGUGCUGGACAUCCACAGUUACGAGAGGUUCGCCAAGGAGAAGAACUUUGACUUCGAUGCCAUCCAGGAACAGGUCAACCAGAACGUCUUCGGUUACCAGCUGGCGGACGCCAGAAAAAUGAUUGGCGAAGCGGGUCAGAAGGUCAACGGUAAACAUUUGUUCACCUCGCUGGAGAACUUCGCCAAGAAUCUGACCGAAGCCUUCAAGGACACCGCUUCCGAAAGUGACAGCAAGUCAAGCGGGUUGAACAACAGCAACAACAACAACAACAACAACACUCGUGCCUCUGAAGAUCUGAACAAUCAGAAGCUCUACGAGUCCGUCAAUAACGACAUCAACAAGGCUUACGAUACCGGACGUUUCAUCUCUUCCCAGAGGCUGCUUGAGAACAUGCGUGCAGAGCUCCCCGCAGACAGCUGGUGCGAGGACAACCUGAGGAAUCUUGCUUCCAAGACCUUCUUCUCCCCCGUGUUCUACACCAUCUUUGGCCGUGGCAUGCCCGGUACUGAAGGCAACUUCCACCCGCAGGUGUUCCACAAGAACUUCGACCAGUUUCACAAGUAUUUUAACUUCCUGUGGUUCGGCAUGCCCAUGAAGAUGUUUCCCCAGGCCGCCCAGGCUGCCGGCAUUCUGGCCCAGCAGCCAUCCAGCGCUGACAUGCUCAAGAGAGAAGGCUGUUCCGAUUACAUCAAGUUUGCUACCGAGUUCAUGCUCAAACAUAAGUAAGUGCCAAUAUCUUGAUAUUUAUGAAUUCAUUUAAAUAUAUAUACAUAAAAAUUGAUUCUGGAAAAUGUUUAACUUAUCUUUUAAAUCUAAAAUUGAAUAGGUUAUAAGUUAAUCAAGCCUAACAAAACAUUGUUGCAUUGUUGAUUCAACAGUCAGUCAGAGCGUGACAUCAUCAGCCACAACCUCGUGUUCCUCCACGUCAACUACAACACCUUCCGCGCCGUCUACUGGUGCAUGUACAAGCUGAUGGAGGACGAAAGUGUCAUGGCCGCCGUGAGGAAGGAGGUAGAGGAAGUGGUUGAGGCUAAGAGGACAGGGACCGACACGUCGGAGUAUGAGGCUGAAUUUACGACUGAAGAUAUCAACAAAUUGCCCGUAGUUGGUGAGUCCAGACUGUAAACUUAAAUGUCCCUUUUAUCAACAAAUUGCCCGUAGUUGGUGAGUCCAGACUGUAAACUUAAAUGUCCCUUUUAUCAACAAAUUGCCCGUAGUUGGUGAGUCCUGACUGUAAACUUAAAUGUCCCUUUUAUCAACAAAUUGCCCGUAGUUGGUGAGUCCUGACUGUAAACUUAAAUGUCCCUUUUAACAAAAUAAUCCAAAAAAAUAUGUGCAGUGUCUGUUUAUAAUUUAAGAGUGAUACUUAAGAUGACCUUACUUAUCAAUUGUCUUUGAUCUUCUUGGCAGACUCGUUUCUGAAAGAGAUCAUCAGGUGGACCAGUGGUGUGUUCAUGGUGCGCAAAUGCGUUGAGGACACCGUGUUCACCACCGACAGCGGCGAGACCUACAACAUCAGGAAAGGGGACAAGGUCGCCAUCUAUCCUCCGGUGUUUCAUCACGACCCCGAGAUCUUCGAAAGUCCCGAGGUGAGUUGCUACCCUGUCUGGUAACACGCAUUCUAUCUCAGUUCUCUAAUUGAAUCAAACGUUUAAAGAUCAGGCGAAAACAACAACCUCGCCUCGCUAAAAAUAAAAUAAAUAUGGCUUUAUAGACAAGACAUUUCAAUAUUUUGUCUGAACUCCUUUAUUAUGGCUUGCCAUGUUAGACAGCAGCACCGCUUUUAGGUCAUAGAUCGAUCUUUUUAUUUAAAACGAAUUUGAAGACCUGUAUAUGAGAUCAUUUAUUUUCAUCCCAUCUUUCUCAGACAUUCAAGUACGACCGCUUCGUGGACGCCGAGUUUUUCAAGAACGGCAAGAAGAUCAAACACCCACUGAUCGGCUUCGGGUCCCUGUGCCCGGGCCAGAAGCUCUCCAUGCUGCAGAUCAAGUGGUUCAUCAUCAACAUCGUCAACAGCUUCAAGCUCGAGCUGGUCGAAGGCGAGAAGACGGCGCCCAACACCGGCAUGUACGGCCACGAGAUUCUCCCCCCCACCAACGACGUCCAGUGCAGGUUCCAGCCCAGGGAGGGCGCCUGCUCGCUCAGGUACAUCAACAACUACGGCUCGAACGGUAGCAAGGGACUUGGCGGUAUCUCGUCUGGUAACAUGUUGUGA